AUGGCACAAAACAAAUUCAUUUUCUCUAUGAUUUUCUUUGCACUGAUCAUUUUCUGCCACCGAUUUCAUUCCACUGAAGGAAGAUAUCUAAAACAUAACCAAAGCCAUAAUGACGUGCAUGGUGGGAUUUCAGCUACGAAUGCAGCUACAUUGAAAAACGAGGCUCCACUAACGCCAUCAACAAUGGCUGGUGCAACUCUGGCGGCACCGCCUCCAGGUCGUGAUGUUGAGGAUUUUAGACCUACGACUCCAGGACACAGCCCUGGUGUAGGACACUCCGUUCACAACUAG